GAAGAAGAAGAAGGGAGGAGGAAGGAGGAGGGUGUUUUGCUCUGAGCGCGAGUCCGAGCUCGCGCUGCUCUCGCGUCCGAAACAUGGGCGGUGAAUUGAAGACCGACGAUCCCAUCUCCCGCCGCAUCGUCAGAGCUUUCCUCGACUUCCUCUCCUCUGUUGAACCCACGCCCGGAGUCGAUGUCGAAGGUCUGGAGGUGGCCAGAGAAUGCCUAGCGGAGGCCUUCAAGGUGGAUUUGUCUUCCGGUGAGGAUGACCAAGUUAGACCUGAUUUGCUAGUUGAAAUGUUCAAAUCUCUUCAUUCGAGUGAGCAUCGACACGACAACUUAUGUCUUCAAAGUGGAAGAACUUCAGAGAAUGUAUCUCGCCCGUCCAUUGCUCAAACUUCUAGUGGAUUGAAUAUACUAAAGUCGUCGACGUCUAAGGAUGGGCUUCAAGAAGGAGAACCUCAUGUUUUGACAGAAUCAUCUAAAGAUGAGCUCUUUGGACAAUUUUUUGCUGCACUUGAGAAAGUUCACUUUUUCAAGCCUACUUCUGAUGGGAACGAUGACAUGGUCCAACUAGAGAAAGUGACUCGCCUAUUUCACAAUGCUAUAAAUGAGAUGGAAGGAUCUGGAUGCCAGCAAUACAACAAAACCAGUUUGGCAGAGACCUUAAAAUCACAAGGCAACAAGGCCAUGCAGUCAAAGCUAUACGCUGAUGCAAUUGAGUUGUACACUUGUGCCAUUGCACUUUGUGAAAAUAAUGCUGUCUAUUACAGUAACAGGGCAGCUGCUUAUACUCAGAUUGGCAAAUACAAUGAUGCAAUUAAAGACUGUCAUAAAUCUCUAGAGAUUGACCCAAAUUAUACAAAGGCAUAUAGCCGUUUGGGUACAGCAUAUUACGCUCUGGGGAAGUAUGCUGACUCUAUUGAUAAAGGUUUUAAGAAAGCGUUGCAACUUGAUCCAAACAAUGAAUUUGUCAAAGAGAAUAUUCGGGUUGCCGAGCAGAAAUUGGAAGAAUUACAGCAGAGAGAACGUAACCAGUGGGACACUAGUUCAUCUAACCAUACUAGAGAAGAGUCUGAUAGCCAAUCUACGAGUGGAUCAAGAAGCCAUGCUACUCCACCGCCUUUUACAUCCUUUCCUUUUGAUCCUAGCACAAUUCCCUCAAAUUUUGCUAAUAUAUUCAUGAAUAUGGCUGGGAAUGAAUCUAACAGCCAAUCUUCCAGUGGAUCAGAAAGCCGGGCCGCUCCACCUCCAUUUGGUUCUUUCCCGCUUGACCCUAAUGCCAUUCCUGUGAACUUGUCUAACAUGUUUACAAACUGGGGUUCAACCGCAUACCAAGGACAAGAACAACAUUCCCAAGGAGAAGGGAUAGGUGACCCUGAACCACUUGGGCCUGAGAUAAGAAUUGGUGGGAACAUUAAUCUGAAUGUGGGUGAAAAUAUGCCUGAGGAUAUAUCUGGGGCAUUGAGAAGUGUUAUGGAGAUGUUCACAGGCACAGCUUCACGUGAAAAUGCACAAGAUGGAGCUGAUGGAAGAUCUGCUCCUAGCUGAUGCAUCGACUCAUGUUUAAGGACUGUCGAUGUCAUGUUCUUUUUCCUUUUUGCCUUCUUCUGACUUGAAGAUUUUAUGUGGAUUUUUCAUCCACGUUUACAGAUUGAUUGACAGUAAUCAUAGGUUAACUUAGCAUUCAGUGUUUCCUGAA